UUCAAGAUGGCCGACGUCUCAUCCGGCCGGGGCGUGAAGAGAAACAUGGCGUCCGAUGUCGUCCCGCCCCCGUCCAACUCGUCCCAGGUCACGCUCCUGAGCCCGUCCCUCCUCCUGCUGGGGAUCCCCCCCGACACCGACACCAGCCUCCCGGUGUGGGACGCCGUGAGGUCCCAGCGCGUCCACGUCACCUGGAGCGUCAACGCCUACAGCGUGGGCGUCCGCUUGACCCCGGCGACCUCCGACCGAGCGAGGGACGCCUCCUCCGGUGGAAGAGAGGGCGCCUCCAUCGCCGCCUGGACCUCAGCGCUUUCUCUCACGACCCAGCAGCAAAGUGACGCCUCCCAGUGCCCCCCCAGCGCCCUGCUCACCUUCUCCCAAACCGGCACCCAUGUGUCCCCAUGCCCACCUCAGAUGAUCCCUCCGAACCCGACCACCUCCCUCAUCGUCCCGCUGCCGCUCAUCAUCUCCCAACGCCAGCCGCCCCGCCAGCCCGGCGCCAAGACCAGGAAAUUGGCCGUCAUCCGGACCCCAGCUCCUGCACCCCCCAGGCCGCCAGCCCCGCCCAAACCCCCCGUCCCCUGUCCUUUCCACACCAGGAGCUCCUCGGACGUGGACAUCUGCGACAGGUUCCUCUUAGGCUUGUGUCGAGCGGGGGGGAGGUGCCGGAAGCACCACACGCCGUUCCCCUACCACUGGCAGCUGAUGUGCUCGCUCACCGACAUGUGGGUCAGCAUCUCGCCGCGCUUUCAGGUGCUGCUGGAGCGGAGCUACUGCGACGCCGCCCAGGAGGUGGUGUCCAUCGAGGACGGACACGUGAGCUGCACCGUGUUCUUUGAGUCCAUGGAGCUGGACGAGCUGUCGAGGUACGGUGGAGUGAGACGGCUCUCCAACUCCGACAGGAACCCCUACUUCCCCAGCAGAUGGAAGAUCUACUGGUUGAACGACAGCGGCUGGGAAGAAUACAAAAAGGACGUGUCCGAGCUGCUGAUGAAGACGGUGGCGGAGCUGGAGCCCGAGUGCUCCUUCUUCAUGGGCCUGCAGGAGUACAAGCUGGACUUCACCACCAUGACCCAGACCCAUGUCUCCACCGGGCUGCAGAGAGAAGUCCGCUGCCGGCCGGUGUUCCGCUCCCCGGAGUCCAUGCAGCCGUACCUGCAGUUAAUAUCCUGGAGCUUCACAGGGCCACACACUCAAACCUGCAGGUUCCUCUUCAUCACGUUAACAUCCUUCCUUCCUCUUCUUCCCACACAUCAGGACGGGAAUCCUGCUCGAGCCCACCAGGCCUGCCGGGGAUCUGCCCGGGGCCAACUUCAGCGUGGACCCCCUGGAGGAGUUCAGCUCCUGGUAUCCUCCGGUGUGGUGUCUGGCCCCGGAGGAGGAGUUCAGCCUGGUAGACGUCCCGGCGGGGACGCAGACCCACCACAAGGUCUGCGACUUCUUCUACCAGAGCCUGUUGGAGACCAAGGUGGAGGUCGUCAGCAUCCAGCAGGUCCAGAACCUCCUGCACUGGGACAAGUACCAAAGGCACAAGACGGACAUGCAGAGGCAGCACACGUCCACAGAGCCCCUGGAGAGACACCUCUUCCACGGCACAACCAGGGAGGCCGCCGAAGACAUCUGCCACAACAACUUCGACCCCCGCGUGUCCGGCGUCAACGGGACGACCUACGGUUGCGGCUCCUACUUUGCCACCGCCGCCACCUUGUCCCACGGCUAUUCGGCCAAGGCGGGACCCGGCCAGGUCCGCCACAUGUUCCUGGCCAAAGUGCUGGUGGGGAAGGCGAGUGUGGGGAGGAGCAACUACCGCCGCCCGCCGCCGCUCAGCCCCAGGACCAAGCACCUGCGCUACGACACCUGCGUGGACAACAGGGACAACCCCACCCUGUUUGUGGUGUUUGACAGCUGCCAGUGUUACCCCUACUACCUGAUCAAGUACCAAGACGUCCCCCAAGACGUCCCCAUGUGAGGAGGAAGAGGAAAA